AUGGCGACUGGCCCGCACCACGGCGUGCACUACCUUAUGAUCAACAGGGAGACGAGGAUGAAGUGCUGGUUCUACUUGUCGCACCUUGACAUGUGGGUGCCGCUCUACGUGCCGAUCUCGGGCGACGACCCGUGGCCGCAGUUCCCUAAGCUCAAGGACUGCAAGGCUGAGCUCAUCCAGGACAUCCUGGGCAACAACGUCCCCGAGAGGGUCAGCCGGGCGGCUUCGCCGGGCGCCAUGCUGGCGCGGAAGCGCCCUGCGGCGUCCGACUUCGCCGCUUCCCGCUACGCUGCUGAUGUUUGGGGCCUCGCGGGAGGCAGGGGCAAGCGCGGCCGCAGGAAGAGGACGGCCGCCGCGGACGAAGGGCCGCAGGUGGAAUGUAGAGAUUACUCCAACUGCAACCAGCGCAACGAGGACGCGUGUAAGGACCUGCUGAUUUCUCUGGCCACGGGUGACUUGCGAGGGCGCCUGACGCGCAGCCGCUACGACCUGGAGAGUGCCCGGCGCUCGGAACGGCUGAGACAGAUCGAGGCGGGGAUAGCGCUCGAUGACGACUGGUUGGAGGAGGCGGCGAGUGUCUUCAACGUCCCUACCCGCAAGAGGAAGCAAAUGCAGGUCGUGGAAGACGUCCUGGAGGCCGUGCGACAGACCCGACAGCGGGCCUCCGGGCACGGCGACCGCCAUGGUGUAGACGCGCUGAGGGAUGAGCUGCUAGUCAGAUCUAGUUCGGAGGAUCUGCGCCUGCGCGUGGUGGGCGAGUGCCUCCAGCGGCGCGGAGGUUGGCCCGCCGAGGCAGCAGAGCUUGGCGGCGACGCCCCGGGGCCGUCUGGCGAUUGCACCCCCAGGGUCAGCCGGGCGGCUUCGCCGGGCGCCAUGCUGGCGCGGAAGCGCCCUGCGGCGUCCGACUUCGCCGCUUCCCGCUACGCUGCUGAUGUUUGGGGCCUCGCGGGAGGCAGGGGCAAGCGCGGCCGCAGGAAGAGGACGGCCGCCGCGGACGAAGGGCCGCAGGUGGAAUGUAGAGAUUACUCCAACUGCAACCAGCGCAACGAGGACGCGUGUAAGGACCUGCUGAUUUCUCUGGCCACGGAUGACUUGCGAGGGCGCCUGACGCGCAGCCGCUACGACCUGGAGAGUGCCCGGCGCUCGGAACGGCUGAGACAGAUCGAGGCGGGGAUAGCGCUCGAUGACGACUGGUUGGAGGAGGCGGCGAGUGCCUUCAACGUCCCUACCCGCAAGAGGCAGCAAAUGCAGGUCGUGGAAGACGUCCUGGAGGCCGUGCGACAGACCCGACAGCGGGCCCCGGGCACGGCGACCGCCAUGGACGCCGAUCGCAGGGAGGCGACGCAGAGGGAUAUCCAGAGGCCGCAAGGUGUAGACGCGCUGAGGGAUGAGCUGCUAGUCAGAUCUAGUUCGGAGGAUCUGCGCCUGCGCGUGGUGGGCGAGUGCCUCCAGCGGCGCGGAGGUUGGCCCGCCGAGGCAGCAGAGCUUGGCGGCGACGCCCCGGGGCCGUCUGGCGAUUGCACCCCCAGGGUCAGCCGGGCGGCUUCGCCGGGCGCCAUGCUGGCGCGGAAGCGCCCUGCGGCGUCCGACUUCGCCGCUUCCCGCUACGCUGCUGAUGUUUGGGGCCUCGCGGGAGGCAGGGGCAAGCGCGGCCGCACGAAGAGGACGGCCGCCGCGGACGAAGAGCCGCAGGUGGAAUGUAGAGACUACUUCUACUGCAACCAGCGCAACGAGGACGCGUGUAAGGACCUGCUGAUUUCUCUGGCCACGGAUGACUUGCGAUGGCGCCUGACGCGCAGCCGCUACGACCUGGAGAGCGCCCGGCGCUCGGAACGGCUGAGACAGAUCGAGGCGGGGAUAGCGCUCGAUGACGACUGGUUGGGGGAGGCGGCGAGUGUCUUCAACGUCCCUACCCGCAAGAGGAAGCAAAUGCAGGUCGUGGAAGACGUCCUGGAGGCCGUGCGACAGACCCGACAGCGGGCCCCGGGCACGGCGACCGCCAUGGACGCCGAUCGCAGGGAGGCGAUGCGCAGGCGCACGUGGAGCUCCAUGGCCGUGUUGCACGAGGCGAAGGUCUGGGGUAUGCGCGCGACGCAGAGGGAUAUCCAGAGGCAGCAAGGUGUCGACGCGCUGCGGGAUGAGCUGCUGGUCAGAUCUUGUCCGGAGGAUCUGCGCCUGCGCGUGGUGGGCGAGUGCCUCCAGCGGCGCGGAGGCUGGCCCGCCGAGGCAGCAGACCUCGGCGGCGACGACCUCUGGGCGCGCCGCUAUUUGCACAGCGCGAUGGCCCGAAGGUACGCCAGCGCCUCCACUGGCGAGCAGCUCUUGCCGGGCGACGUGGCGCGGUGGCAGCAGCUGCUCGACAGGAUCCCGGAUGCGCAGCGGCCCACCUGGCAGGCGGACCCUCUGCGCCAGCAGUUGCAGGCCCACUACGAGGAGCAUGGCCACCUGAACGUGAGGCCCUCGACCAGGAGGGCCGACGAUCCCGAUCGCCUUCUACUCGAAGCUUUGAAGGUCCUGCGCCGCGCACGGCUGGAGGAUGUCAGGGGCGAGCGCGGCCAUCUGCUGCGCCGGCAGCUCUCGCCCGGGGACCUGGCCGCGUGGGAGACGGCGGUCCCGGCCAACGUGUUGUGGGGCACGGUGCGCCAGGCCGAGGCGUAUAUCCCUGGCAGCGCUAUUCUCGGCAGCCGGUGCGAAUGGCCCAGAGAGCCCGUCUGCUGCCAGCCGUGCCCGUGCUAUCUUUGCGGCCAGGACUUCGCCACGAAGCAGUUGUUGCAGGAGCACUGGCGCGAGGAGCACGUGAACCUGCCCGAGGCCGAGCGGGGCUUGCUGGCGCCGCGGCGAGUGGAGGAAGAGGUCCGAAAGAGAAUCCUUGCGGACGAACAGCUGGAGGGCCCCUUCGAGGUCCGGGGCGCCGAGCAGCGCCGCGCGCUCGGACGCUUCGCCGAGAACCAGACGCAGAGCCGACCGGGGGGUGCGUGGGCCGGGCACUUCGAGAGCCAGCAGACCGCCCCGACCACCUGCCGCGCUCUGAGCGGCUGCGUUGUCUGCGCGCGCUCUUUCUGGCUGGAGGAACUCUUCGACGCGGACUUGUUCGUGGAGCCCGUGGACCCCGAGCUGGCAGCGGGCGCCGGCGAUCCCGCGGCGGACGGCGCCCAGGGGCACGGCGCGGAAGGCGCGCCGGCGGACGCGCCUGCGCGUCAGCCCCGGGGGCACCCGGAGCCGCCGCCCGCCGAGGACGCGGCCCCGCCGCGCCGGGCUCGCUUCGCGGUGCGGCCCGAGGCCGCCGCGAAAGUCCACGCGCUCCUCUCCGUGGAGCGCUAUGCCGCGAGGUUCCGACGAGCCGGUCAGAUGUUGGAUUCCAGGGGAGGGCGAUUUCUGCCGUUGCUGGCGCGCGUGGCCCAGGCGGCGCGCCUGGAGACGUCUCGCAAGGUGGAUCUCCUGCGCAGCGCCGAGCUGCCCGCCCCCCCUGCCGAGGCGCAGCGAUUCCUCGCUGAGUCCGUCGUCAUUGCCCUGGCAGGGGCCGACGUGGACGACCUCAGCAAGGCCCGGUGGGCCAACGUGCGCAAGGGCGAAUACAUGGGGGCCGCCAGCUUCCUGACCUCCCAUUCGGUCUCGUACAACGACAUGACCUGCAACCAGGACAGGGCAGACGCCGUCAUGAGCGACGCCGGCGCCGUCCCCGAAGCCGUGCGAAGCAUCGCAAUCCCCAUUGAGGUCUCCGAGCAGCUGAAGCACCGGCUGGAGGGCCCCGCCGACGCCUGCGCCGGGGCCGACGAGCAAGUCGUCAGGGUGGACGGGGAGGAGUGCGUGUCCGAGCACGAGGCAGAGGAAGAGGAGGGGGAGAACGAUCUCAACGCCGCGCUGCCCGACCCGGACUUCCCCGCCGAGGCGCUCCCGGCGAUGUCUUUCUGCGCCGAUGCCGCGACUGGCGGCGACCUCGACGAGCUCCAGGCGAUCCGCAAGGUGCACGGUGAGCUCGAGGCUCUGCAGGAUUCCAUGCGCGAGGAGGCCUCCGGCAUGGGCUACCCGCGCCGGCGCCUCAUCAAGCAGCUUCAGGUCAGCGCCAGAGGCAUGCUGGAUCGCGGCUUGGCGGACAGGAUCCACCACCACCACAAGACGGUGACGGCCCUGGAGGAGACGGGCCAACGGGCGGCGGCUCCCGGAGGCGCGAUGGAAGGGUAUGCCCAGGGCACUGCCACACAGCCGCUCUCGAUGUACAGCCCCGAGCUCUGGUCCAUGUGCUUCCCCGACAAGUUCCCGUACGGCGACGGCGUGUUCGGCUUGUCCAGGACUGCGCCCAUGUCGUUCCAUCAGUGCACGUCAAUGCACCUGCUCCGCGAGGAGCUGGUGUAUCAGGUCACGCCCGAAGAUUUGGCCGCGGCCGCCGCUUGCAAGGCGUGGGUCGAGACCGCCGCGGACGGGCCCGGCGCGACCGGGCAGUCUCGCCCCUCCGGCUGCUCCUGCGCCUGCCAGCAGUGCAGAGAGGCGUGCCGGCGCUACGUCGCGCCCGAGCAGCCGCGCUGGGGAGCCGACCGCGAUCUCAUCUGCUGCUACUACGACGCCGGGCGCCGCAUCGAGCAGAUCCGCAGGGCCAGGGGCCACGUGCACAGAACGGGCUUCCAGGAGCGCCUGGAGAAGAUCUGCGCGGCCUCCACGGAGAAGCUCGAUGCCGCCGUGCAGAGCCUAGGGCCGAAUGCGUCCCUGAAGGACGCGAUGCGGUCCCCCGCCGUGGACCAGGACGUCAAAGACGCGCUCUCCGAGCUCAUGGUGUUCACCUCAGAAGUUCUCGGCUCGGACGGCGCGCGCGCGAAAUUGCGCCACGAGCAGAACGGCUUCGCCCUCAUGUUCGGCGGCGCCGGUGGCUUUCUGACUCCGAACGUCGCGGACGUGCGGAGCCCCAUCUUGCUUGCCCUGCACGCGGCGGGGGGCUGCGAGACCCGCGCCGUGGACCUCCUCGCGGAAGCCCCAGACAUGCCCUCCGCGCGGAAGAUGCUCCAGAUCGUGGCGCAGGACCCGGUGGCCCAGGCCCGCUUCUUCAUCUUUAGCAUGCAGCUUUUCUGCGAGCACGUGCUGGGCACGGGCCCCUGGGACGCCCAACUGCGCCACAACGGCCGUUGCGACGGGGCGGCUUUCCCCGAUGGCUUCGCCACUUCGUGCACGGGCGGAGCCUUCCUCAUGUUGGCGGCGCUGCACGGGCCCAUCGAGGAGCAGGCCCGGCUGUCCAUCCACCCGCACAUCCUCCUUUGGUUCGUGCACGCGCAGUCCGAGCAGUGGCUCCGGUGCGUGCUCAACAGGGAGACCGAGGAGAUCCGGCAGCGGCUCCGCGUGUGGCAGGAGAAGACCUUGGCCGCAGUGCAGUCCAUGCAGCUGGACUCAGCGGCCGUGCUCCCGCUGCUCCUCACCGACGACCCCGACCGGGCGCCCGAGCCCAGGAACACGCCCUUCUCCGAGAAGCUGCAGCGGGAUUGCCGCAUGGAUGGGGAGCUGGAGCACGACGUGGAAGAGCCGGAGAAACGGCGCGUCUUCUUGGCCACAGAGCCCCCGUUCGAGGACCACCACCUCCGACGGCAUCGGAUGUCCUUGGCGCCCGAGGCGCGACCCAUGAGCGAAUACAUGGUGCCCCAGACGGGCGCCCAGCUCUGUCGCCUCGAGCACUACAGGCUGCUGCGCCCGACCACGGGCGACGACCUGGAGACCGCGGCGGGCCGGAGCGCGGAGGCGGCGGCCUGGGCCGCGCGCUACGCCGAGGAUUACCGCCAGGACAUCGCCGUGGGCCAGAUGCACCAGCACAAGGACACGUGCUUCAAGUACGUUGUCGAGAAGUCCAUGCGCUUCGCGCGGCACUGCCGCUUCAACUUCUGCCACUUCGUCAAGCUCUGGCUCCGCGUCGGCGACGGCGGGGACUCCUCGGCGCAGCAGAAGCGCCCCAAGAAGCUGGUGACCUUGGCGCGGACCGGCAAAGACCUCGUGCUGCCGCGGGGGCCAGGGGAACCGGAGCCCGACAUGUUCCCCCUGGACGAGGACGGCGCGCCCGUGCCCCUGCGCCCCGGGCGCAAACUCGGCCCGGUCGUCAACGUCGAUCCCGACCAUGGGAAGCAGGGUCUGGUCAUGCCCAUUCGCUGGAACCCGAUGGAAGGCAGCUCCAACGGCGUGGCCCAGACGGCGCUGAACUGCAACGUGGACUUCCAGAGUAUGAUGCGCACGUUUUCGGACGGGUUUCAUUCGGGAGCCCGGGACAUGUUGCGCGACCCGCCCCUCUCUGCGGACGAGGAGGCCGCGCUCGAGGCGAAGGAGGGCCGAGAGUUUUUGGCGAACCUCCCCGACAGCGUGGAGAAGCUCGUGGCCGCCCGCAAGAGGGCCCACAUGCCAGAGCUCGAAGAUCACGAGGCCGAGAUGAUGCUCAGGCAACGGCGAGAAGCCCGCAAGGCGGCGCAGCGGAAGCUGGGCCCAGCCGAGCGCUUCAGGCGCGGUAUCAGAGCGCUGACCGUUAACAUCAUGAAGCAGUCCAUUCAGGCCAUGUUCUACGCCUGCGACUACUCCACCAAGCCGAACAUGACCUGCGCGCCCCUCCUGGUGGCGGUGCGCGACGGCAUUCGGCGCCUGGAGGAGCGGCUCCGCCUCGAGGAAGAAGAGGCGGCGGCGGCGGAGGAGACGGGGGGUGCGGGGGUCCCGCGGCCGAAGCCGCUGAGGAGGGGGCCCGCGCUGAGCCAGGUCCAGGACGAGGCUCGGCGGCGCUUGAUCCGACAGGCCACCGCUGCCAACCAGGCCAUCGUGAAGGGGAACUGCCUCAUGGUCAUGCAGAUGCUCACCCGACGCGAGGUGCUGCGGUCCCACUCCACCUGGCAGUUGAUGAUGAAGAACGCCAUGUGGUUGGCCUUCGAGAGCCGACGAAUUCGGCAGGGGUUCGACGAGCGCGAGCAGCUGCACGAGGCCACGGUGCUCCUCGACGCCGCGGAAGUGGACAGCCAGGCCACUGACUCGGACGAUUGUGACAGCGAGCCCGAGGAGCGCGAAGAGAGCGCCGACGGCGACGCCGCCGACGAGGCUUCAGACAUCCCAGAGGCACCGCGCAAUCAUGCGUCGCCGCUGGGCACACGCGGCGAGAGUCCGGCUGGGCCGCGGAGGCGCCCCGCAGCGAUUGCACCCGCAGGGUCAGCUGCGCGCCCGGCGCCGCCGCCGGCCAGCGUUGCCGCCGAGCUCGGUUCUGCUGCCUCCACGCAGGUCGCGGCCGCGGGCGGCGCGCCCACAGACGAUCUCUUCGCGGCGCGCGGGGAGCGCGGCCCUUUCUUGGCCGAGGAGGCCACGGACGAGCCGCAGCAGAGAAACGCGGGGGUCCGCCUGAAGAGCAACAGCUACUACGACGACUACUUGCACCGCGGCUCCGCCGAGUUCGGCGCGUCGGGUCGAGCGGCGAAGACUCCCCUGGCCUCCAUGUCGUAUUACGACUACGGCAUGUGGGUGCGCGUCGUGCCCGGGGACCCGAACGCCCUGGCGCCAGACGAGUACGCUUUCGCCGGCCACUACGGGAAGCAUGCCGAUUACGUCCAGCAGCUGCGGGCCGCGCCGGCCGCGCCGUACAUCUCCGGCUUCACGAUGCCGACCGAAGAGAAGGACCCGGAGACGAACGCCUGUUUCAAGCAGGUGUUGUUGAGGCCGCAUGCGUGCCCGGGGCCGGACAGCUGUCGCCAGGUGCACUUCGCCCAGCACUUCUGCUGCGCGUCCCGCAGCAGGGAGGGGGGGCGAGCCAGGGGUCGCGCCUCUCUCUCCUUCCUGGGACCUUGGCGCGCGUAUCGCGCCGAGCAGCUCGUCCUGGCGAAGCGGGCCGACCAGGCCCUGCAGCGCUCGCGGCAAUGCCCCGUGCUGCACGACACAACCGCCAUCCGUUACUGGCAUCUCCCCGGCACCGUGCGCGGGGGCCCGGUCCACGAGAGUUUCCUGCCGUUGCUCUGCGGCGGCCGCCAUGCGACGGAUCCUGGUUUGGACGGCACGUGGUGCCGCCGCCGCGAGAUCCCGACCCCCGUCGCAGGCGCCGAUCUGCAGCGGCCGUCGCGCGGAGCGGUGUGCUGGCGCAUGGCCCUCCCGGUGGACCUCGCCUGGGCCGUGCUGCGCUUCGCGGGCGACGUCCGCGGCGACGACGGGCGGCGCCUGGGGGUCGCCGGCUCGGAGGAGGAGCGCGCUCGGCUCGACGAGCGGGCGGCCCUCGAGGGCGAGUCGAUCGCCUGCGCCUGUCCUGGAGUUCACGACGACCAGCUGACCCCCGAGAUGUUCUUCGCUGUUCGGCACGUGGAGGUGGCCGCCCGCCUGGAGUACAUGGCCGAGGCCCGCGGGCUGCCCAAGCCGGCAAGGGGACCCAGCGACGCGGUGGCGGAGGAGGAGCUCGGCGGAGAUCGCUCCGACGAUGACGGGGUCUUCGGCCUGGACGAGGCUCUGCCAGGUGAAGAUUCCUCCGCGGAGGAGCGCCAGGAAGUGGCAGACGCGCGAGAGGACAUGGAGGGCAUGAGACCUCGCUGGAGGCUGGCAGAGGACGAGUUCGACGACGUCGUGCACCGGACGGCGGCGGCCCAGGCGGCUAAGAGCAGUCGCGUGGGAGCGCACAAGAAAGCUUUGAUGGAAACGUUCUUGCAGUUGCAACGCCGCGCUUACGCCUGCGUUCGGCAGCCCUGCGCCGUGCCCGAGCGCGCCCCUCGGCUGGCGGCGAUGACUCCUGCUGACGUGCAGACCGCCAAAAAGAACCAGGACGCGAUCCGCGAACAGAGGGCCGCCCAGGACGACAAUCUGGAGGCCGCGGGCGCCGAUCUGCCCGUCGCCGCGGCGGCCUUCUCCGACGCGCCCGCGCCGUCGAGGCGCCUCGGCCCGGAGGAUGUGCCGAUCUCCCCGCUGCAGGCGGCGCUGACCCUCAUCGCCGAGUCUGGGGUCUGGAAGAGCAAGGAGCAGUACCUGGUGACGCUCUUCCUCCUUCAACCGAUACAACAACUGUGGCAGAAGGCCCUCGAGACGGACGGCUUGGACAGCUUGUCCACGGCCGCGGGCCUCGCAGCGGCCUCGAGAGACGUGCAGGUCCGCCGCGUCUUCCUGCACGGCCCGGGGGGCUCGGGGAAGACGUAUUGCAUGACCGAGGUGGUCAACAAGGUGGUCGUGCGUUUCUUCGGGCACAGGGGGCUGAAGCUCGUGGCCGCGGCCAACAGCGCCGCCCGCAUCCUCGGCGGCAAGACCAUGCACGCGGCGGCGAAGCUGACGCGGAAGCAGUCUCUCGCGGCGAGUAAAUUGAAACCCAACACCAGGGCGAAGAAGAAGUUGGAGGCCGAGUGGGAGUACCUUGUGCUCCUCCUCGCCGACGAGAUCGGCCUGGCGUCCCCCCCGCUCCUUGCGGGCCUGAGUCGCCGCGCGACUUUCGGCCGCAAGGACUUGCUGCGGCUGUGCGUGGCGAGGGCCAUCGAAGAGCCCUUCGGCCAGGUCCCCGUGCAGGCCAUCAUGGGCGACUUCAUGCAGAUCAACCCGGUCUGCAGCCACACGCUGCUGGAAGCCCUGCUGGCCCGCGCGCGCGUCCCCGGCGUGCCGCGGAAGAUCACGGACGAGGACGAAGACGGCUGGAAGGUCUUCAGGAAGAUGGCCUCCGACGUGGUCGUCUUCACUGGCACGCACCGCUUUCUCGACGAGGACCUACCGCUGCUCUUCGAGGUCAUGCGCACUCCGGGCGGGGCGAGAGUGCCUGACGACUUGCGCGCGAAGAUCAGAGAUCGCGUCCAGCGGGGCCCCGACGACCCGAGGAUGUCCAUGGACUACGAACUGGAGGGCGUUCGGGGCUUCUUCGCCCUCGGCGCUCGCGCGGCGAUCCAGUGGGAGCAGGUCGCGCGCCUGCAGCAGCUCCACGUGCUCGCCUCCGCGAGGGUCUGCCCUGGCCCCAGGGCCUUGCUCAACGGGGAGGACGGCCGGCCGGAUCCUCGUCGCCACGGCUUCAGCGCGGCGCAUUCGGGGGCGCGCGGGCAGCUCGUCUAUUAUUUCCAGGCCGUGGACCGCUUCAAGCACCACCAGGACCGAGACAUGUACCUCGAGGCGCUGAAGUUCAUGAACCUCUCCAAGAGCAACGGCCUGCCGGGCAUGUGCGCGGCCUACUUGGGCAUGCGAGGGCGGCUCACGAAGAAGGUCAUGGGGCCGGAGCUGGUGCAGGAGGCCACGGGCGAGGUCGUGGGCAUCCGCUUUCACCCGCGGGAGCGAUUCGGCUUCGGGGAGAAUCUCGGCGGCGAUCUCGACCAGGUGGACUACACUGGCCUGGGCAAGCGGGGCGUGUUCCAUCUGGAGCCUGUGCAGGACGAGUGGGAGUUGCCCGUCGCGCGCGUGCAGACGGUGAAUCACCCGGGCGCGCCUCGGGCCAAGCAGUUCGUCGUCAAGAGCAAGCAGAAGAAGGGGCUGCAGGUCGCGCGCACGCAGCUCAGUUGGGCGCCCGAGGACCAGCUUACUUUCCAGAGCAUCCAGGGCCGCACUAUCCGCGGGCCCGAGGGCCAGCCCAAAGGUUUCGUCGUCGACCUCUUUCGGCCUGGCACGAUGCAGGGCGAGGAUCGCCGGGGGGAGUACUUCCAGCACGUCUGGAUGAUCCUUGGAAGAGCCAGGAAGCUGGAAUGGAUGCUGCUGCAGAACUUUCCGCUCGACGAGAGCACCGGCGAUCUGGACUGGUCGAUCCUCGAGCAAGGGCCGCCGGACUACCUCGUUGAGUUCUUGGGCGCGGCUGCGACGCUCAGCAGGAGGACUUCGCGCAGGAUGCUGCGCGCGCAGAAGGAGUUGGGGGCGCCGGCCUGGGAGGACGUGCCGGAGUGCCCGCUGGACCCCGACCGCCAGGGCAGAUUCUUGUAUAUCGCCGAGGACUGGAUCAGGGCGGGCGCCGCCUGCGCCCGGCCCGUCGCAAGCGCCUCGGCCGAGGCGAAGCCCGACGCGGCCCCGCGGAGGAGACUCUGGGGCAAGAGGCCGCGCGAGGAACUGCGCUCGAAGACGGACCGGCCGACCGCGCCGCCCGACGAGCCCGGGGGCGCUCCGCUGCGGCGGAAGCGGUCGCGCGGCGAGGGCGCCGGGGACGAGGGCGAGCGGGCCUGCGCGCCUCCUGGCGCGGCGCCAGCCUCUUCGACGCAGUCGACCCUGCCGUCGGCGCCCUCGGCCAGCGCCGGCGGCUGGCACUGUUCCUUGCUCGGCCGCGCCAUCGGCCGACGAAGGAGCGCGCCCGCGUGGUUCAACAAUCCUCUCAUGGGCGAGGUCGACCCCGCGUCCGGCACCCAGCUGGGCCUCACGUGCGGUUUCUUCGCGGUGAACCAUUGCCUGGGCCACGCGGGCAUGCCGCAGCUGUCGGCCGAGGAGUUCCGGCAGGGCGCGGGAGACGGACUCUACCCCGAGGGUGAUUUCGACGACGGGGGGUUGCGUCAGAACCUCGCAGAGCGCGGGUGCCAUUUCGAUUUGUUGCAGGGCGCGGACCACCAGGACGCCAUCCUCGCCGUGGGGGACUCCGACAGCUGUCUGGCUGUCUUCAACGGCAACCACGCCUUGGGUGUCAUCCUGCACCAGCCAUGCCCUCGACAUUGGAUCGCGCUCGUUCGACCUCCAGAGGCCGUUCGAGACGGCGACGCCGCCUGGCUUUGCGACUCCUUGCACUCGGCGGUCUUCGCCCUUGAAGCCAGCGAGGUGCAGGACCUCCUCGGCCACGUUGGCUCGGCGCAGAUGGGCGCCGCGGACAGGGCCGGGAGCGAGCUCGACCGGAUGAGGGAGAUCUCCGACUGGUGUGCCUACAGAGUCCACCGCUGA